AUGACUGCAAAUGUUGUCCCAGAGAAACACCAGUCGAUAUUCGACCGGAUCUGGCUCGAAGUUGAUAACGAAACGCAUGGAGAAGUUACAGUAGAAGACUUGAAUACACUAGUGAGCCACUUGGAAUCGGUAUUGGACCAACAGCCAUCUCUUAAUCAUACGACUUCCAGUGGCAUUUUUUCCAACGAUGCUUUGGUGAAAGCCCGAAUAAACCAGUAUAAAAAUGCCAUGGGCAGCUCCUCGACGAUUUCUAAGAGCCAGGCGCUUGAGUAUUUGAGUUCAGUCAUUGACGAGAGCGAGAUCCUUGGCUUUCAGGAUUUUUCUGGCUACAAGAUCAAUAAUCCAAGCAAAACUAGUCUGGCUUUUGUAGAUCUGCCAGAACAUGUAGAUAAUUUCCAUAACCUUUUGCAUAAGCCAUCAGGCAAUAUGAGGAUGUUGGCUGGCUCCCCGUCCAUCAGAAGUCAGAAAUCGGAAGAUACCGAUAUUGACGAUUACGACGAAACGGCAUCGUUGAUGGGAACUUCUCCUCAUAAACAAUAUCAUCAUCGCUCUCCUUCUCUAGAUGAAGCAGAUCCCAUUGGGUUAGAGAGUGCACCAGACAAUUCGCCCCAGACGUUAAUCAGAAAGUCGUUGGAAGACAUGCAGAAAUUCCACAGCACUAUAAAUGGCAACUUUGAUCUGUUCUCCAAGCAGAUUCUGGACUUGGAGGCUGAAAACGUCCAUGAUCUUGAGAACUUGUCUACUGUAAAAGAUACAAACCACAGGGUACUUGAACAAUUAGACAGUCUAAAAUCUGAAUUGAAGGAGAUCAGCAACCAGAUCGAUACCCACAAACAAUUGCAAUGUACUCCUCCCGUGACACCAAAGAAAUUGGUGAUUCAAAGCAACUCGCCUUCUCCAAAAGUGAACAUUACACUGACUGUGAUGAACGAGAGGGACAGGGCUGUCUUUGAAAAACUUACCCAUAAGUCGCAUUCGUCUUUUAUAUAUCUGGGGUAUGGUAAGAAGAGGGUACUAUCUGACGGACAGCCGUCUAGCUCUAAUGUAGGUGUAAGACUAGAUUUCAAACAUCCAAUGGGCCAUAGACGUGCUGCUUCGGAAGUCCCUGAAUCCCCACGCAAAUUGCCAUCAACUCCAAACAACAGAACUGUUGAAGCUGCAGCUGAAAAGGAUUUGGAAGCUGCUUCCAACAAAAAAGAUAGCAUAAGGAGUAUUACGAGCAUUGAAAAAGAAAAAAGAAGAAUAUAUUGA